AUGAUGAAGAUGCCUUGGAGGACGAAUAGCAGGAGCUUCCAUCUUCAGCUACAAGGGGCAAUUAGUACCAUUCAAUCUCCAUUCCUAUUCUUAUUUACCAAUUAUUGCCAUUCUUCUACUUCCACACUUGAAGAUGCACGCUACUUGACAAAUAACUUCAAAUCUGCUUCUUUUACCCACCUUGAUGAUGCCAUUGCUUCCUUCAAUCAUGUAAUUCAUAAGCAUCCUCUGCCUUCUAGGGUUCCAUUUAAUAGAUUCUUAUCUGCCCUUGUGAAAAUGAAACAAUAUCGCACUGUCCUUUACAUGUCCAAAACAAUUGAAUUGCUAGGAAUCUCUCACGAUGUUUAUUCUCUUAGCAUCUUAAUUAAUUGCUUCUGCCACUUAAACCUUGUGGAUUUUGGUUUCUCUGUUUUUGGUAAGAUGCUCAAAUUGGGAUUGGAGCCUGACGUUGUGACAUUUACUACCUUAAUUAAUGGGCUUUGUAUAGAGAGUAAAAUGGACAAAGCAGUGGAAUUUUUCGAUGAUAUGGUUGCAAGUGGUUAUCAACCUGAUGUUUAUACUUACAAUACGAUAAUAAACGGAAUCUGUAAAUUUGGGAAAACAAACGUGGCUAUUGGGCUGCUAAAGGGAAUGGCUGAUAGAGGUUGUGAGCCAGAGGUUGUGAGCCAGAUGUUGUGA